UAUUUGCGGACAACAACAAGUAAAACAAAACAAAAAAGAAAUCCAAGAAUUUUAGCUAAGCAAGCGACACAUACAAAGAACUUUUUCGUGUUUCACAAUUCACUCAUCUAGUAGUAGUAGAGGCUAAUAAUAAAUAAUAAGUUCACUAAAACAAAUUAGAGACGAAGAUUGCCUGUAACUUGAGGGGAAGCCAAAGCUGAAGGUUGUCCUGUCUCAAACUUCCUGCAGGUUGAAGAAGGAAGCAAUGGCAGUCACAAUGAUGGUGAGAGUUCCAGUCCCUAUCCAUUUUCCCUCUUCUUUUACUAUCAGUAGUUGCUUUCUGAAGCUCUCAUCAGUCGUGUUAUCUGGGUUUGCAUAGCAGACACCAAUGAGGACCAAAUCAGCUGCGGACUUGGAAACUAGAGACAGUAUGGUCGUCCCCAACUGCACGGAGGAACCAAUCAUUAUCAGAGCUACUGAAACAAGAGACUAUGAUAACAUUCACAGCAAGCUGCAAGGUCCAAGAAGAUCAGCCACAGAUUGCUCUGCCACUACUGCCUCGCAGUUUCAUCAAACACAGAGAGCAGCUCUGUUGGCAUCAAGGCAAAUGCGGAAAACAGUUAGCAGCUCGGCUCUCUACAGCCGCAGCUGCAGUAUUGCUAUAAGUACUGAUAAUGGAUCCAGUACUACUGCUAAUAAUGGGCGUCCUCAGUCUCCCCUGCCUCUGCCUACUCCUGCUACUUCAUCUUCUCCAGCUCCAUGGGAAAGAAAAGCUGCAGGUUCAUCGCCGAGACCUGAAGGCCAUGCCCCUCAGACUCCUGCCAGGGGGCCACCCCGGUUCAGAUCGUCGUCAGCUGCCGCUCGAUUCAGUGACGCGUCUGAUUGCAGCAGCUCUGCGGUGCCCAAAUUCGGGGACUGGGAUGAGAUGGAUCCUUCAUCGGCUGAUGGAUACACCCACAUUUUCAACCGGGUCAGAGAGGAGAGGCAUGCUGCAGCAGCAGGAGGAAAUACACCAGUCUCCAAUGGUACUGGUACUCGUCACUCCCAGCAGGCCAAUAGAAAGCACCAUCCAAGGACCAGGAGAAGAAACUCCAGCAACAAGAGCUGGUACCACUGCUUCACAUGUUUCUGAAGAUGAUGAGUGACGAGCGCGGCAGGGUGCAGCUAACCAUUGGAAGAUCAUGAUCCGGGGAUCGAGCCGGUUCAAAGGCCAACUGGAUCAUCGAACUACAAUGGAUUAGCAGCCGCGUAUCAAGAAUCCCUGUUACUUUGUGGGUGACAUUGAGAAGGUCGCCACCAUGUCAUCUAAAUAAUAGCUUUCUAUCAAGGAGUCAUGGUCUUAUUAAGGUUUUGUGCUUUUGGAGUGAGUUUUGACUACUUCAGUUGUUCUUUUUCUUCCAUAGAUACCUGGGGAACAAGUAGACUGUAGACACAAAAUACAAAGCCUUUACAGGCAAUAAGCACAAAGCUAUGAGUAAGAGGGACGAUAAUCGUCAAUUGAUAAGAGAGGUUUUUUGCUACGAUAAAAGCAGUUCUUUGAU